CCCCCUUAAACCCCUCUCUGCACAUCAAACCUCUCUUCACUUAACUUCCAAGCGAUUUAAGCUUCAUUCCCUAGCUAAAAACACUAGGAAAAUGAAGCCACAAUCCCUCUUUUCAUUUUCACUUCUCAUUCUCUUUUUCCACUCCAAAACUUUUGCCCAAUCACCAGCUGCUGCUCCAGUACAAGCACCACCAGUAGCCCCGGUAAAGGCACCACCUGCACCCCCAGCACAAUCACCAUCCGGAGUACAAGUAGCCGCAUCACCUGGCCCCCUUGACGUUGUAAAGAUUCUUGGAAAGGCUAGCCACUUCACUGUGUUCGUCCGCUUAUUGAAAUCUACCCAAGUUGAUAGAGAGUUAUUCUUGCAGCUCAACAACACCAACAAUGGAGCAACCAUCUUCGCACCAAGUGAUGGUGCAUUUUCAGGCCUCAAAGGAGGCACCCUCAAUUCCCUAACCGAUGGAGACAAGAUAGAGUUAGUGAAGUUUCACAUAGUACCUACGUUCAUAUCAACUUCCCAAUUCCAGACUGUGAGUAACCCUGUAAGGACAUUGGCCGGAGCAGGUAACCGGUUUGCGCUUAAUGUGACCACCGCAGGGAAUUUAGUGAACAUAACUACAGGACUCACCAAUACAACGAUAUCUGGAACUGUGUACACUGAUUCCCGGCUUGCUAUUUAUCAGGUUGACAGGGUGCUACUUCCUCUGGACAUGUUCACUCCUAAGCCUCCAUCUCCAGCUCCAUCACCUGCACCGGCUCCAGAAAAGCCUACGAAGGCUCCCAUUGUAGAGAGUCCUGUUGCUCCUAAGGAUCUUUCUGGUGCAGUAAGCUUGAUAGUGUAUGAUUAUCUAUUGUUCGAACACUUUGCAGUUGGUUUGGUUACUGCAAUGGUUUCCCUCUGAUCGAAGCUGGCCGGCUUGCAUGGUUUCCUUUUUUCUGUGUUUCAUGAUUCUGGGGAAUUGGGUGAUUGAGUGAGUGUUUUUGAAUAAUUGCAAUUUUGCUCUGGAGUUCUUGUAGAAUCCUUCAUAAAUGAAAAAUCGAUCAUGAUAUUAUUUUUAUCGUGGAAAAAAAUAUAUAAA